CCCCCAAAGAUCGAAUUCGAACCGAAGAACCACCUCGCGAUUUCUCUCGUUCGUCGCUCUCGGGGAAAAACCCUAGAAUCCGCGAAGCCCCCGCCCCCCUGUCGCCGCCGUCGCCACCGUCGUCGCGGCGGACCUAGGGUUUCCAUCUCCGGCGGAGGGACCUCGACUCGGCCUGGCCUGACUCGAUGGACUUCGACGAGUACGAGUACCUGGAGAAGACGGUGGAGAACCAGGACGACCGCGACAACUCCUCCAGGCCGCGGAGGGGCAGGGACGGAGCUCCACCGGAGAAGGGCGAGAAGAGCUACAGGAGGCGCGAUGCGGACGAGGACGCGGACGGCGAGGACCGGAAGAGCAAGAGGUCUCGGAAUGGGGAGGAGGAGAACGGCUCCAGGAGAGACCGGGACCGCGACCGCGACGAGAAGGACAGGGCGUCCCGCAGGGACAAGGAGCGGCACAGGAGCGGGAGGGAGGGGGAUAGGAAUAGGGAUGGGGAGAGAGAGAAGGACCGCGAGCGGGAGCGGAGCAGUAGAGAGAAGGAGAAGGAGAAGGAGAAGGAUAGAGAGAGAGAUAGGGAGAGGGAUAAGGAGAAGGAGAGGGAGAAGGAGAGGGAGAGGAGGGAGAGGGAGAAGGAGAAGGAGAGGGAGAGGAGAGAGAGGGAUAAGGAGAAGGAGAGAGAGGAGAAGGAGAGGGAGAGGCCGCGGAGGAGCGCCAGCCAUUCGCGGAGAAGCCCGAGCGCCAGUCGGUCGCAGAGGAGCAGCAGCCGCUCACUGAGGCACGACGGUGAAUUCGAUAGGGAAAGAGAGGUCGAGUUUCGCGAUAACAGGAGAUUUAAGGACAAGAAAGAGGCAGUGGAACCUGAAGCUGAUCCAGAAAGGGACCAGAGAACUGUUUUUGCUUACCAGAUGCCUCUGAAAGCAGCUGAGAGAGACGCUUAUGAAUUUUUCUCAAAAGCUGGCAAGGUAAGGGACGUCAGGUUGAUAAUGGACAGGAAUUCAAGACGUUCAAAAGGUGUUGGGUAUAUUGAAUUUUACGAUGCAAUGUCAGUACCAAUGGCAAUAGCGCUCUCUGGACAGCUACUUCUUGGGCAACCUGUGAUGGUUAAACCUUCGGAGGCUGAGAAGAAUCUUGUUCAGUCUACCGCCACUGGUGCUUCAGGUACUGCCGGAGCAUAUGGAGCCACAGACAGGAAACUCUACGUGGGGAAUUUACAUUUUAAUAUGACAGAAAGUCAUCUGAAAAGUAUUUUCGAGGCUUUUGGUCCUGUUGAGCUGGUGCAACUGCCCCUUGAUCCAGAGACUGGACACUGCAAAGGCUUUGGGUUUGUUCAAUUUGCUCAGCUUGAACAUGCUAAGGCCGCUCAAAGCGUAAAUGGGAAGUUAGAAAUCGCUGGUCGUUUUCUCAAGAUUUCUUCUGUAACUGAUCAUGUCGGAGCACAAGAUAUUACAGCAAAGUCUGCGGAUUUGGAUGAUGAUGAAGGUGGAUUGGCCUUAAAUGCUCAGUCACGAGCCUUACUAAUGCAGAAGCUGGAUCGAACUGGAAUUGCCACCAGUAUUGCGGGUUCACUUGGAGUCCCUGCACUAAAUGGAGCUCCAAAUCAACAAGCUGUUAACCUGCCUCUCAACAAGCAAGCUGCAGUUCCUAUGGCUAUGCUUCCUGCACAAGUUAUUUCUGCAGCCACUGAAGCUGUUGGAAGCCCGACUGAGUGCUUGCUGCUGAAGAACUUGUUUGAUCCAGCCACUGAGACGGAGCCUGAUUUUGAUUUGGACAUAAAGGAGGACGUGGAAGAAGAAUGUUCCAAAUUUGGCCGGGUGAAGCAUAUAUACGUGGACAAAAAUACCGCUGGUUGGGUGUAUUUAAGGUUUGAAAAUGUACCGGCAGCAAUGAAUGCUCAGCGUGCAAUGCAUCUGAGAUGGUUCGCAGGGAGGUCAAUAUCGGCAAUAUUCAUGCCACCCCAGGAGUAUGAAGCAAAGUUCAAGGGUGCAGCCUGAUCGGGAUCAGGCGAAGGAUUUUCUUAGGAACAGUUUUGCUUUUGCGUUUGAUGGUCUCUUUGUUUUGAAAAUUUUAUGUGCUUGGAGGGAUCUGUAACUUUUAUUUGUCUCUUGCCUCUAGGAUUUGGAACACUCAGAAUAUGUACCCGAUUCUCAUUGUGUAUUAUCAACAUGGAAAAUAAUUUGAUAAAGCAGGGAGCGGAUGUAUUUCUUGUUCUUAUUGUCACUUUUCUGGAA